AUGGACCCGUCGAACCAUGGCGGCGCCACAGCCGGUGGAAGCGCCGACGGCCAUGGCCAAAUUCUCUGGGAUUGGACAGCAGAGCAUUGUGAACCUAACGGUUCAAGUUAUGCAGAUGCUACCAAAUUCAUGUGGGAUUGCCUCAAUCAAGAUGACGAUGAGCUGUUGGGAUUGCUUGGAAAUCAAACCCCAUUGAGAGACUGCCGUGAUUUCUUCGCUGACCUUGGUGAUAUCACAUGCAAGGAGACCUUGGACCUGGAGGAAUCUCGGGAUUCAAAGCGGCGGCGCACAUUGGAGUACCCUUCAGAGUCUAGUCAGUCAGAACUUGGGACUCAUGAUACCGGUUCACCUUUCGUUACACCUGAGGUUGCAGAAAUUUCAUUGCUCUGCACUGAUAAACCACAGAGCUUAAAUUGUGAUAUGCACCACACUUCAAAUAAUUUAGAUGAAGCACCCUACCAGCAAGAAGAUAAUCUUUUGGAACAUUGCUCUUAUGGAAAUCCUGUGUACCUCGAGCCUGACCAAACGCCUUGUAGCCAGGAGAGCAUUGCAUGUAUAAAUGAUCAAGCUGGUAUUUCAGGAACAAGUGAGAUUGCACCAAUGACAGAAAGUUUCAUAAUGCAGGAAACUAGGAAGCUUUCUACACUCAAAGUCUCCAAAGGACCAAGCUCAUCACUAGUUAAGGUGAAGGAAAACUUAACUACCUCAGUAGCAUAUCCUUUUACUCUCAUCAAACCAUCUUGGGAGGAAGGUGAUGUUACCUUACAGGAUAUAAAUCAGCGUAUCCAUGCUCCUCCUAAGAAGGCCCCGGAGAGCCUUGGAACUUCAGCGUUCUCUGGCAAGCCAGUGAUUGGCAAGACAAGAAUCAGAACAGAAGGGGGGAAAGGAAGCAUCACAAUACUAAGAACAAAGGGCUGA